AUGUUAUCCAAUGUGAUUUUUAUCUAUCUUAUUUCUGAGAUCGGAUUUUCCCUCUAUUAUUCCAACCAGGACAUACAUAAUCAAGGGCGCCGACUAACCGAACUCUUUACUCCAGGCACAUUAACCUUUGUGUCCCUCAAAGAGGCCCUCAAGCGUGAAUUGGCACUAGCUCAAUAUCAGGGCCACUUAUACAGUGAUUACGCAAAUGUGGCCGCCGCAAACUCGUACUUCUCCCCUGAACCGGCACCAACUUCUGUGGAUACACAUUUAAUCGUCUGUGUUCACGGCUUAGAUGGUAAGCUGAGUAGAACGUUUUUCCAGAUUGAUGUUUGGGUGGCUAGAGUUUCUGACUAA